ACGUGACGGGGCGGGGCGGGCACGGGGUGCCGGGGAGGUCACGUGCGGCGCGCUCUGAGCACUUCCGGGGCGCAAAAGCGCUUCCGGGUCGGGUCGCCAUGGGGCCCGGGGUGACGCGCGCCCUGUGCCGGGCCUGGGGGGUGGCCGCCCACCGCAGCCUCCACGGGACGGCGCCUGCCCGCAGCCCCCCCCUCAUCCCCAUCGUGGUGGAGCAGACGGGCCGGGGCGAGCGCGCCUACGACAUCUACUCCCGCCUCCUGCGCGAGCGAAUUGUCUGCGUCAUGGGGCCGAUCGAUGACAGCCUGGCCAGCCUGGUCAUCGCGCAGCUGCUGUUCCUGCAGUCGGAGAGCAACAAGAAACCCGUCCACAUGUACAUCAACAGCCCGGGCGGGUCCGUGACGUCGGGGCUGGCCAUCUACGACACGAUGCAGUACGUGCUGACGCCCGUGUGCACGUGGUGCGUGGGGCAGGCGGCCAGCAUGGCCUCGCUGCUGCUGGCGGCGGGGGCGGGGGGGCAGCGCCACGCCCUGCCCAACGCCCGCAUCAUGGUGCACCAGCCCUCGGGGGGCGCGCGGGGCCAGGCCACCGACAUCGCCAUCCAGGCGGAGGAGAUCCUGCAGCUCAAGCGCCAGAUCAACGGCCUCUACGCCAAACACACGGGGCAGCCCCUCCCCGUCAUCGAGGCGGCCAUGGAGCGGGACCGCUACCUCAGCCCCGUGGAGGCGCAGGAAUUCGGGAUCCUGGACCGGGUGCUGGUGCACCCCCCGCCCCGCGGCGAGGACGAGCCCCUCCUGGUGCAGAAGGAGCCCCCCCAAACCCCCCCUGCGCCCCCCAACACCCCCCCGGCACCCUGAGACCCCCCCGGGGGUGUGGGGGGGCUGGGGGGCCCCUGUGCUCCCCCCUCCCCCACCCAGCGUUGCUGUACCCCAAGACGGAAUUAAAGGGCUGCGGACCCCGA